AUGGUCAGCCCGGCAUCAGUUUCCAACGUUCAGAAGAGGGAACAAGCGAAGGUGAUGGAGAAGAGGGGACAGAAGAGGAUCCGGUUUUCGGCUAUGGAUUCCUUGCUUCCAGCCCAAGGGAAGGCCAUCCUGAUUUCUGGUUGUGACUCUGGAUUUGGAUUGGGGUUUGCAAAACAUCUCACAGAUAAGGGUUGUGAAGUCUUUGCUGGGUGUCUUAUGAAGGACAAGAAUGGUGAAGGAUCUGAGGAGUUAUUAUCAUUGAAAAAACCAAACCUUCAUGUUAUUCAACUAGAUGUAACAUCCUCAGAACAGACAAGCAAGAGCAUGAAGGAAAUUGAAGGCAUUCUCAAUGCCAAAAAAUUGAAUCUCUGGGGUGUGGUGAAUAAUGCAGGGAUUGGCACUUAUGGUGAAGUUGAGUGGAUACCCAUCAAUGUUUAUGAGAAAAUUGCCUCCGUAAACAUUUGGGGCAUGAUUCGUCUGACCCAAGCUUGCUUGCCUCAUCUGAGAAGAUCUAAAGGUAGAGUGGUGAAUGUCAGCAGCAUGCUGGGAAGGAUGGGUUACCCAAUGCGCUCUCCAUAUUGUAUUACCAAGUUUGCUGUAGAAGCCUUUUCUGACUGCCUGAGAUAUGAAAUGAAACCUUGGGGAGUUCAUGUUGCUGCUAUGGAACCUGGCAAUUACAUAGCUGGGACAAACAUCUUCACUCCUGAGUCAGUGGAUGCAGCUGCAGGGGUGAUGUGGAACAACAUGUCAGAAGCUGUUCGUAAAGAUUAUGGGAAGGAAUAUUUUGACUCAAGGGUGAAAAAGAUGCACAGUUACAUAACAGGUGGUGUUCCAGACUUCCGUCCAGUUCUCAAUGCUCUUGAUGAUGCUCUGUUCAGCAAAAAUCCAAGACCUCGGUACCUGCCAGCAAAUUUGUAUUACACGCUUCGUGUUCUUGCAGCCACCCAUUUGCCAGAGAGCAUUUAUGAGCGUUUUUAUAAAGACAUUCAAUGAUGCUGUUUUGUUGUUUAGCCUCUCCCAUGUAUCUGGCUCAGUUAUGACUGGAAGUAAUUUUGGGGAAUGCAGCUCUCCUAAAUAUUUCAUUCUUCAGAAGUUAAUUGCCUUUUUUCUUGUUCAACCUCCAGUCGUUACUCAUUGAAUGCAUGAAGCAAGUCCAAACUUGCUCAUUGACAGCAGAAAACAUGAGGAAAUUUCAAAUUUGAGGGCUGCACAAUGGAGGUGUACUGUAGUCAUUUUGUAAUGCUUUAGUAAUGGUACAAACAGCAGGGAUAUAUGAAUGCUCAAUUUGUAAAGAGAAGGAAGUUCCCUAUUAUGAUAGUGUGCAAUAUUGAAGCCAAUGUGCUUACUUGUUUUUAGCCUGUGUGGCAUAGUUUGUUGUCUUUCUCAAAUUAUCAUUGAAUGUCUUUCUUUGCAGGCAUAGUACAAGUAGUUGUAUAUGCAUAUCACCUAAAGUGUUUCUCACCAUUCCUAACGUCAGGUUUUUCUGAUACGCUUGAAGGGAAAACUUUACGUGAUUAGGGAAAGUUAGGUACUGAGUUACUGUGACCCAAAUUGAUGGGAAGCUGCUUUCAAUUUUUCUCUGCUGAUGUAUUUUCAGGAUAGCUAGGUCCUUUGAAGUCCAUUGUGCCUUUGUGAACACUUUGUUAUUUUUUCAGCUUGUUCAGAAUGUUAGCUCCAGAUUUUCCAUAUGGUAUAGGCAUGAUUGAUCUGUACCUAAUAUAAUGUUCAGCUCAGGGUUACACGGUACAGGAAUAGGUAAAUUCCCACUUCACUCUAUUUCCAUUGAGUUGAACCAAAGACCAUCAUUCAUUGGCACCUACCGAUAAGUUUCAGUGUCUUCUUGAAAGCUUGUUCCCAGUUUUCCCAGUUUUCAGUAUACUAAAUUUCAACAUACCUUUUAAUUCAACUAUGGUGGUCAAUGUGUUAAGAAAGAUUAUCUCCAAAAAUAAAUUUUUUGGGAAUUUUGGGAAAGACUUGAGUCGUGUUGCAGAUAAAUCUUUCCAGAUGGUGACUUCCUUUUUGAAGUGUUUGUUAGUACCUGCUUUUAUGGAUUUUGACUUUAGACAGUUCUUUUCUGAAUGGUGCAUAUUUUUUGUUCCUAGUUGAAAUAAAGUGUUUAAAUCUGA